AUGUGGGAAGGUCGAGGAGGUGGGGUAGACGAUUACGAUGACGACGACGCUAGCAGGGAUUCGCACGAUGACGGUAGAGUACCCAACGUUUUCGACAAAGAUUUUGUCUCACCUUUUGAAAUCCGUGGUUGCAACGGCUCGCCUUUGCCUACUCGAGUCCGUGGUCGCGGUCGAGAUCGAGCGAGUUCUCACUCUCAGUGUACCAAUGGCCAAGAAAUCGGAGGCAGCGCGCAACGAUCAUCACGUUCUGUGGAAUGUGAAGUUUGUAAGAGUAUGGCUUGGGACGGCGAUGCUAGGCCUCUUCCGACAAGUGAAACAGGCCAUGGUCCUAGGCACCGUUACAUUGGAAGUCUCGUCUCUUUUGUUACCAUGACAAUCCUAACGGCGGCCACCUUAUAUCUUGUUGCGAUCUAUAUUACGAAGUAUUUCGGCAAGAAAGACCAGAUCAUGCACCUAACGUCGUAUUUCUCAUUCCUUGGUAUUAUAGGAUCUGUUCCCCUCAUUUGCUUCUAUUCUCACCUUGUACAUCUCUUCAAUGCGUUGGAUUUUGCUCUUGACAUGAAAGGUAAUCGGAGUCCUUCCCAAUCAAGCAACGAGAUCAAGCCCCAACUACGGAGUUGGCCAACGAUCCUCCAUCAGGACUACGUCAUGCGCAGACUCCAGUAUCUGUCCAAUGCAUCCACACGAAGUCGUGGUCGAUCACCAGACGGCACCUGGUUCAUUGUUGCUGGCUGUGUAUGGAUUAUGAUCGAUGCCGCCAUCAAGAUCGCAUUCGGUUCCCUCGUCGAACACAGUCAUGGUCCUUGGGAAUUCCAAUCGACGCUCGAGUCUUUCUUAUUCCUCGUUUUCGUCGCUUUCUGUGCCUUUCUGUUCCUCAUGAGGAAAUCGUUUGAAAACGAGAUGGAGGUCGACCUCGCUUUUAUCGUCAAACAUAAGAAAAGGUUGGAUUUUUGCCGAGGGCGUCUAUCCGAAACCUAUCGUGACUUCCAAAUCUUCAACUACGUAAUUCAUUACUGGAUGUUGUUCACGGUCAACCUCGCAACUCUCGGGCUCGCUGUACACCUAAGCUGGAAUUACCAAGCCUUGCACAACGCCAAAACAACACAAGAAUACAUCACCAUCAAUGUGAUGAAUGCAAUCAUAUUUUCGGAGAAGAUCAUGGUUUUAAUCCUUCCUCUGCUGGCGCUUCGUGGCAUUAACCUCGCUCAUCUUUGGCGUCAUUUUCGACGCGCCUUGUCGUCGCUGCGCCAGUCAGAAUAUGAUUUAUGCAUAGAUGGCAUGAUACGUCAUUUGGAAGACUUAAAGUGCUUUGGGGACUACAGCGGGGGCGCGGGCAAUUUCAAUACCCUCCUAACACUGGCUAUUGGGUAUUAUGGCUUGAAGAAUGGGUCACAAGACUGGAAAUAUUAUUUCCUAGGCACGCCUGAAAUCGGGUUAAACACACCAAAGCCCUAAACAUUAAAGAGAAAGAAAUUACGAUUUUUUUAUUUUUUAUAUAUUUUUUUGGGGGGAUAGCUGGUAAAAAAUGUUUAUUUCGAUAAAAAUGACUAUUAAUUGACUAAACUACAAUUGCUAAUUAAGCCAAACUAUUCUCCUGUGUUCGCAUUUUUUUUUCAAGUAGGCGAAAUACUACUGCACGUAGGCUAACUUUCUCCAAUAAUCUGAACAAACAAUGCCUCUGGCGUAAAUCCGGUCAGAGCAGUUGGGGGAUGAUAUCAACAUAUCCACCUUAAAAUUCAAAAUUUUGGGGACACCCCUCACCAACGGAUAUGUAUAUGGGGGUAAAUAACCGUGUAGAUAUAAUGCAAUCAUCAUCGAGUUAAAGGCCUGCAAUGAUGUUUUUUCAAUGGCUACAUUGCAAUGGAUUUGUUGUGAUACAAAGUGAUGAAUUACAGUCAAUAUCAGUAUGCAAGCAAGCGAAGCGCAAGCUAAUAUUCAGUAGUUGGAAGACAAGAUGGUGUUCAAAAAUUUAUUUCAAGUGGUGUGUAGUUAUCACAUCACUUGCAAUGUAUACGUAGGUAUUUCCUGUAAAUGUUUACACUAAUACUUCCAUCUUUAUGCUGAAGGCUUAUCGCGAAUUUGUUUUCGACGGCUAUAUUGUAAAGGAUUUGUUGGUAUAUACAGUAGUGAAUGGCAGUAGGUGUCAAUAUGAGAACGAGCGAAGCGAGCGGGCUAGCAAAUUUUCAAUAGUUGGAAGACAGAAUGAUGACCAGGCAUCGUCUUUCAAUGGGUGUGUAAUUAUUGGAGAAAUGUGGCGAGUGAGCGUGCCUUGAAAAAGUUGUUUCAGUUGUUUAGAAUUAAAUACAUUAACAGAGGAUGAUGAGGGUAAAUGAUCAAUAACUUAAACUUAAAGGUCAAGUCCACCCCAGGAAAAUGCUGACUUGAAUAAAUAGAGGAAAUUAAUCUAGCAUAGUACUGAAAAUUUCAUCAAAAUCGGAUGUAAAAUAAGAAAGUUAUGACAUUUUCAAGUUUCGCUUAUUUUUUUUCACAAAACAGUGAUAUGCACAACUAGGUGAGUCAGUCGAUGAUGUCCAUCACUCAAUAUUUCUUUUGUUUUUUAUUGUUUGAAUUAUACAAUAUUUCAUUUUUUAUAGAUUUGACAAUAAGGACCAACUUGACUGAACCUUAUAGUAUUAAACAAUGCUAAUUGCACAUGUUCAGGGAGAAAUUAAUCUUUGUAUCACUUGACAAUGAGGAGAAAAUUAGAAUAUUUCAUAUAAUAAAAUACAAAAGAAAUAGUGAGUGGAUGACGUCAUAGUCUCCUCAUUUGCAUACUAGCCAGGAUGUGCAUAUAACUGUUUUGUGAAAUUAAGCGAAACUUUAAAAUGUCAUAACUUUCUUAUUUCACAUCCGAUUUCGAUGAAAUUUUUAGUGUUAUGCUUUUUUGAUUUUUCUCUUUUUAUUCAAAUCAACUUUUUGUUAGGGUGGACUUGUCCUUUAAGAAGAAGGGAAAAUAAAUAAAAAUAGCAAAUACGGAUUAAACGGUCGAGAUUUUGUUCAAUGAAAACUCAUUAAAGGUCAGAUGAGAAUGAAAAAAAUGGUAUUAUGAUUAUCGGGACCAAGCAGUGGCGUAAUGAGCCAAAAAUUUUGAGGAUGCCAGAUAUGGUGUAUCGGGCAAAAUUUAUAUUAUAAAAAAGUUGCGAGGGAGCGGAGCAAGCGAGCAAAAAUUCCUCUCCCUUUUUUUCUUUCUUUCAAAGACUUGAAUUCAAAAGGUGCAUAUAUACUUUAAUCUGAUAUGCAAUUAUGCAAAUGAGUCGAUGAUGUAGUAUUACCACAAGCACUACCGCCACCACCACCAUCAUCAUGUCAACAACAAAACAACAAAAAUCAUCACCUCGCGCUUCGCACUCAAAUAUUCUGAUAAUGGUUACGAAAAGUAAUUCAUUUAUAUGUGUCAAAAUUGUCACUACAACAAAAUUGGAAAAAGAAAUCAUUUCACUUAGAAAAGUUUUAACAGAGAAAAUAUAAUAAAUGGUGUUCUCACAAGCAUAGCGUAAUGAACCAAAAAAAGAGGGGCCAGUCAUAAAGCAUGGAGCACAAUUUAUCAAAAUCUUCGAGA